CGCCGAUGCCGCGCUUCGUGGAGCCCAUCCCCAACGCGACGGUGGCGCUCGGCCGCGACAUCUCGCUGCCCUGCGUCGUCGACAACCUGGGCGACUACAAGGUGGCGUGGAUCCACAUGGACCGGCAGAUGAUCCUGACGAUCCACCGGCACGUGAUCGCGCGCGUGCCGCGCUUCAGCGUGUCGCACGACAACCAGAAGACGUGGCUGUUGCACGUGAGCGACGCGCAGCAGGAGGACCGCGGCUCCUACAUGUGCCAGGUCAACACCAACCCCAUGAUCAGCCAGGUCGGCUUCCUCGAGGUCGUAGUGCCACCUACCAUCGUUGACGAAGAGUCCACGCUGUCGACGGUGGCGGUCCGCGAGCACCAGAACCUGACGCUCACCUGCAGGGCGGAGGGCUUCCCCACGCCCAAGAUCAUGUGGCGCCGCGAAGACGGCCUGCCCAUCACCAUAGACCGCCGCAAGAAGGUGACCGUGCUGGACGGCGAGCAUCUGAACCUGACCCGCAUAUCGCGCACCGAGAUGGGCGCCUACCUGUGCAUCGCCACCAACGGCGUGCCGCCCUCGGUCAGCAAGAGGAUCAUCGUCGACGUCGAAUUCUCGCCGAUGAUCUGGGUGCCGAACCAGCUGGUGGGCGCGCCGGCGGGCACCGACGUCACGCUGGACUGCCACGCCGAGGCGUACCCGCGCGCCAUCAGCUACUGGGUGUACGACAGCGUGAUGCUGUUGCCCACCGGCAAGUACGUCACCGAGUCCCGCGAGGACGCCUACCGCUCCCACAUGCGACUCACCGUGCGCGACCUCGCCGCUCCGGACUUCGGCAACUACCGCUGCAUCUCCAAGAAUUCGCUCGGCGAGACCGAGGGCUCUAUCCGGCUCUACGAAAUUCCUCGAGCAUCGUCCUCGCCGAAAGCUACCGAAGUCCGUAGCGGGUCAGCCAAAGAGGAGAAACCGACGGCGCCGGCGCUGUCUGCGGCGCUGCCGGACGCCAGCCGUGCCCCAGACGCCGGCCGCGCAGCUCCCACAGGCGGCGACAGCAGCCUGGACAAGCGGAAGCGCGUCGCCGCCUCCUCAGAGUCCACCAUCGCCGCAGCUGCAGGUGACUGGCGCCAGUCGCAGCCGUCUGGCGCCGCGCUGCUGCUGGGGUCUCCGCUGCUGGCGAUGCUGGCCGUCCGCUGCCUGCACUGAAACCGCACCAUCACCAGCGUUGCGUCACUGCAGGUGUUCCCAGCAAAGUCCUGUCUACGAAUUAUAAAUCAACAGACUUCUAUCUUCGUGCAAUGAUCAAGGAAACCAGAAGUUUACCGCUUACUGUCAUUUUGUGUGUCGUUCUCUCUCAUGUUGUGUAUAAAUCUUUAUAAUAAAACAA